GAGGUGGAACCAAGGGAUAGUGUUCGGAGGUGGGUAGGGGGUGGAACCAAGGGACAGUGCUCGGAGGUGGAACCAAGGGAUAGUGUUCGGAGGUGGGUAGGGGGUGGAACCAAGGGACAGUGCUCGGAGGUGGGUAGGGGGUGGAACCAAGGGACAGUGCUCGGAGGUGGGUAGGGGGUGGAACCAAGGGACAGUGCUCGGAGGUGGGUAGGGGGUG